AUGACCAUAGAACUCAAAGAUCUAGCGCCGUUAUUGCUCAAGAAAGAGCGUGCUACUGGUGACAUUGAUCCAUUAGUGCUUACUAAUGUCUUACGUGAUGGAAAAGCAGCCAAUGACCGUCGUAAGGAGCUCAUACAAGUCAUUGCACACCAUCCAGUCCUCUCGGAUCGUGAUAUGAUGUUCCGUAACCACACGGAACGCUAUGAAUUUGGACUAAAGAAGGCGUUUUACUAUGUAAGACUUGUACGUGAGGGUGGAUAUGAAGACCCAAAGGACCAGCAGAUUUUGUAUCAAGCACUAGGUGAACCUCUUGCCUUAGAAGUGCAUCGAUCCAUGUUCAUUCCAACACUAGAGAACCAAGGAGACGAUGAACAACGUGCAAAAUGGCUGCCGCUGGCCAAGAACUACACGAUGCUAGGAGCUUAUGCUCAAACGGAACUUGGUCAUGGAUCCAAUGUACAGGGAGGACUAGGAAAGACAGCCAAUCAUGCCAUUGUGCAUGCGAGACUGUACGUGGAAGGAAAGGAUGUGGGUGUUCAGGCUUUUUUGGUGCAGAUUCGUUCGUUCGAUGAUCAUCAACCACUACCGGGGAUUGAAGUGGGGGAUAUUGGUCCCAAGGUUGGGUUUAAUGCCGUUGAUAAUGGAUACUGUGCGUUUCACAAGAUUCGUAUCCCUCGUGAGAAUAUGAUGAUGCGGUAUGCGAAGAUAUUACCAGAUGGGACUUUCAUCGAACCCAAGAGUGAUAAGCUGGUGUAUUUGACUAUGGUACAAGUUUGGGCUUACCUGAUCAAGUUUCUUGGAGCGCAAAUGGGAGCAGCUAGCACCAUCUGCACUCGCUUUAGUGCUGCGAGGAUUCAUGGACGUACUCCGGAUAAAAAGGGCGAAUUCCAAGUGCUAAACUACCAAAAUCAGCAGCACAAACUUUUUCCUUUGAUUGCAAUAUCGUACGCUGCUCAUUUUGCAGGUGGCUCCCUUGUCGAAAUGCACGAUUCGGCGAUCAGUCAGAUUGAGAAUGGUGAUUCGGCAUUUGGCGCUAAGUUGGCAGAGCUUCACGCCGUGUCGUCCUGCCUCAAGGCCUGGCUUGCUGAAAAGGCGAGCGAUGGUAUUGAGACAUGCCACCGUCUUUGCGGUGGUCAUGGAUUCUCUCAGUCCAGCAACUGGCAUCUCUUCGCCGAGACCGUCGGAGCCAACACUUACGAAGAAACUUUCAACGUGCUUGUGCAACAGCACGCACGCUGCCUACUGAAGAUUGUGGCAGUCCUUCCAGCUUAUGAAGAAUCCAUCAAGUUUCUAAAUCAAACAAAGAGAUACAAAGACAUGACAUUACGUUGCAAGGCUCAGGUAUACCAGGAUUUUGGAAACCUUGAUCUACUCCUUGAGGCGUUUCAAGUACAAGCGGCACGAAUUAUAUUAAGCUUACCCAGCCGAAUGAAGGCACUCGACAAUGAUGGUAAUGCCUGCAUGGUGCUUAUGACUCGUGCAUCAACCGCCCAUGUCGAGCUGAUACUGUUCAAAGCGUUCAUCCAAGGCGCAAUGAACCUGCGUUCAGGUCCUGAGCAGCAGUCAAUGAUGCAGCUAUGUUCGCUCUUUGGAGCAUGGCUUAUGACCACAUCAAUCGGUGAUUUUCGCCAGCACGAUUACAUCUCGUCGAGCCAAGUCGAUCUCGUGCAUGAGCAGAUUGUACAUCUCCUACCGAUCAUACGUCAGAAUUGCGUCCUGCUCACAGAUGCCUGGGGCUUUACGGAUUUCGAACUAAACUCCACAAUCGGGCGUUACAAUAUCUAUCGUGUCCUAGUACAACGAGCUAGAGACGAACCGCUUAACAAGAGAUACGAGAAGUACUUGAAGCCGCUGAUUCAAUCGGACUUGUAG